GACCUCGUGGACUUCCCCGCAGAGGACAACGUCAAGCAGCUGCAGGAAGGCGUGCGCGACGUGUUUGGCACAGAGUCCACCGUGCACCUGUACCACGCCACGCAGAACGAGUCGCGCGCCCUCAUGCCGCACACAGACCCCUACGAUGUCCUCGUGAUUCAGCUUCACGGCUCAAAGCGCUGGACAACCUGCAUCCCAGACGCAUACGCCACCAGCGGCAGCGACGACACCACGGAGGACCACAGCGACAGCCACCCCGAUGAGAAAGCUGCUUCGUCCAGCAACGACCAACAACAGCACGGCCACGGCGAGGCAGAGACCAUCAAGCAGUUCAACCCGGCCCAGCUGGGCCAGCUGCAGGAGAUCCGGCGCCAGAAGCAAGAAGGGUGCACGCGCUACGAGGACAGGGACCUGCGCGGCAUGCGCUGCAACGAGUUCACGCUGCGUGCCGGCGACACCAUGUACAUGCCCAAGGGCAUCAUCCACUACGCCGUGUCUGGCGCAGAGGGCUCAUCCCACCUCACCAUCUCGCUGGAGCGCAGGGGCCUGGCAUGGGCCGAUGCGCUCGUGUACGCCGCACACGCCGGCGCAGACAUUGUGGACAACCCGGCCUUCACCAAGCACUGGCAGCGGGCGCUGCAGUCGCUCAUCAGCGACUACCGCGGCGUGCAGCUGCUGGAGGCCAUGCCGUCCUGGCACCUCAACACGGGCGCGCUGUGCCCGAGCCACGACGCCACCAAGGAGAAGGACGAUGGCACGAGCGAGGAGGGCACGACCGGCGGUGAGGAGGGCGAGGAGCUUACGGCUUUUAUCGGGUCGUUCAUGGCCCAGUGCGAAGCGAUGCUGCCGCACGUGCUCGAGUCAUACGCCAAGGCCAACGACCUGGAGGCGUUCCUCAACCCGGACGGCAUCGAGGCGCUGGCUGACCGCGUGUGCAGCGAGGACACGGCCCGGGCCGUCGUCAGCGAGCUCUGCGCACAGGGCAAGAUGCCCGUGGACGUGACGUCACCUCGCUUCCGCAAAGAAGCACUCGCGAACACUCGACAAAAGCGUGCGACAGUCACGGCUUCGUACACAUGCAACAGUGCAUGCAACGCGGGCUGUGAUGGGCAAUCGUGUACUGGCUGCGAUGACUCCUGCAACACGCUCUGCGACGACACGUGCUCAAGCUGCGACACAAGCUGCGACAUUUGCUACGGCCAAUCAUGCAGCAGCUGCGAUCUGGCGUGCAACACAGGAUGUGACGGAGGCUGUGAUGGUUGUGACCUUUACCAAUGCAACUCUGGAUGCGACUCAAGCUGCGAUACCCUAUGGUGGGACUGCGACAGCAGCUGCGAUGAAAGCUGUGGCUGGACGAGCUGCGACUACAGUUGCGAUGACUAUUGUGACACCGGCUGCAACCAAGGAUGCGAUUACUGCGUCGCGACGAAUUGCAACGGCGGCUGCGAUGACUCUUGUGACGGACCAUGCAACACGGGUUGCGAUGGCAGCUGCAACACGGGCUGCGAUGAGUGCGUUGGCAUUAGUUGUGAUACGUCUUGUGAUGGCUCGUGCUCGUGCAAUGCCGGCUACGCUGGCAGCGGCACGUCGUGCAGCGCGUGCAACACGCCGUACUACAGCCCAAGCGCGGGCGCCAGCUCCUGCACCCCGUGUGGUUCGUGCUCGUCUGGGCAGUUCCGUGCCAACUGCGGCGGCACCAGUGGCGGCACGUGCACCUCGUGUGCAUCGUGCCCAGCAGGGCAGGAGCGACGAGGCUGCUCCGGCACAAGCUCAGGCGACUGCGCCAACUGCAAUCCAGAGACAUACAAGACGACGCAAGGAACGCACAGCUGCAGCGCGUGUGGCAGCUGCAGUGCUGGCUACUACCUGUCGGGCUGCGGCGGCACAAGCGCGGGCUCGUGCGUCGGCAUUGCGUGCACGACGCCCCCGACGGUCAACCACGCUUCAUUUACAACAAGCAACAGCCGCAAGUACCCGAGCACGGCAACGUACACGUGCGCCACGGGCUACCUGAUUGAGAGCAACGACAAGCUGUCGUGCAAGACAGAUGGCUCGUGGAGCGGUGUCACGCCGCACUGCAUUGGUGUUCCAUGCCAGGAGCUCGCCCUGGAUCACGGCUCCGUGUCGCCAUCGGGCGUCAUUCGCCAUCCAAACACUGCAU